AAUAAUUUGCCUUUAAAAUAAACGAAGCCGUCGCUUCUGACAUCUUACGUGAGCUAGGUCAACUGGCCAGCGAACGGAGAACAGAGCAAGACGGAAGGGAGAUGGCCAAGUACGGUGAAUUGAGGAAGGCGGUGGAUACAGUGACUGCAGUGGACGCUCACGCGCACAACCUUGUGGCCAUUGAUUCCGACUUCCCCUUUCUCCACUGCUUCUCCGAAGCCCAGGACGAAGCACUAACAUUCGUUCCCCACACUCUCUCAUUCAAGAGGAAUGUGAGAGAUAUUGCCAAAUUGUACAACUGUGAGGCAUCUUUUGAUGCAGUGGAUAGGCAUAGAAAAUCUACUGGGAUAAUUUCUGUUGCUUCAAGAUGCUUUGAUGCUGCAAAUAUAUCUACUAUAUUCAUAGAUGACGGGAUUAAAUUUGACAAAAUGCAUGAUUUGGAGUGGCAUAGACGUUUUGGUCCAGUGGUUGGGAGAAUAUUAAGAAUCGAGCAUUUAGCGGAGACAAUUCUCAAUGACGAGAGGUAUCAUGAAUCAAAUUGGACUUUGGAGUUGUUCUCUCAGAUUUUUAUGGGACAAAUGACAUCAGUUGUUGAUAAGAUUGUUGCAAUGAAAAGUAUAGCUGCUUAUAGAAGUGGUCUAAAGAUAGAUACAAAUGUUAGCAAGAUACUUGCUGAGGAAGGUCUUCUCCGAGACUUGCAUGACAGGAAACCUGUUCGGAUAAAGAGUAAAGGCUUUAUUGAUUACAUAUUCACAUUGAGCCUAGAAGUUGCUCAGUCCUUCAACUUGCCUAUGCAGAUUCACACAGGUUUUGGUGAUAAAGACUUGGAUUUGAGGCAAUGCAACCCUCUUCAUCUGCGCACUGUUCUUGAGGAGAAGAGAUUUUCUAGAAGUCGGAUUGUUCUCCUACAUGCAGCUUAUCCAUAUUCGAGGGAAGCCUCAUAUCUUGCUUCUGUUUAUCCUCAGGUUUACCUUGAUUUUGGGUUGGCAGUGCCUAUGCUUAGUGUUCCAGGGAUGAUUUCUUCUGUGAGUGAAUUACUACAUUUGGCUCCAAUAAAAAAGGUAAUGUACAGCUCAGAUGGUUUUGCAUUUCCUGAAAUAUAUUAUCUAGGUUCAAAGAGAUCACGUGAGGUUCUGUUCCAUGUUUUGUCUAAUGCGUGUGAGGAUGGUGAUCUUACCAUUGACGAGGCACUGGAAGCUGUUGAAGAUAUAUUUAGACAAAAUGCACUUCGGCUUUACAAUUUGAGUGCUAUUGUUGGUUCUACUGAUUACAAAAGUUACAGCAUCCAAAAAAGCACAUUGAAGAUUGACACGUUACUAGAAGAUAUCAUGUUUGUUCGUAUCAUCUGGGCUGAUUCUUCUGGGCAACAACGAUGUCGAGUCAUUCCUGUAAAGCGCUUUUAUGAAGUUGUAGCCAACACUGGUGUAGGUUUGACUUUUGCAUCAAUGGGUAUGACUUCAUUUGCGGAUGGCCCAGCUGAUGGAACAAACCUUACUGGUACUGGUGAGAUCAGACUGAUGCCGGAUUGUUCAACAAAACAUCGAAUCCCAUGGUCAAAAAAAGAGGAAAUGGUGUUGGCCGACAUGCAAAUAAAACCCGGUGAAGCCUGGGAAUAUUGCCCUAGGAGUGCUUUGCGAAGGCUAGCAAAAAUUCUGAAUGAUGAAUUUAACCUGGUAAUGAAUGCAGGAUUUGAGAAUGAGUUUUAUCUGCUAAAAAAUAUUAUGAGAGAAGGGAAUGAGCACUUUGUUCCAUUUGAUUUAACAUCAUACUGCUCCACUUCAGGAUUUGAUGCUGUCUCACCUAUUUUGCAAGAAGUUAAUGCGGCACUUCAGGUCUUGGAUAUUACGGUCGAGCAGAUACAUGCAGAAGCUGGAAAAGGACAGUUUGAAAUUGCUUUGGGGCAUUCAUGUUGCACAUCAGCAGCUGAUAACUUGAUUUAUACUCGUGAGACUAUCAAAUCUAUCGCAAGAAAACAUGGGUUACUGGCUACAUUUGUCCCGAAGUACUUCUUAGAUGAUAUUGGCUCUGGAUCUCACGUACAUUUAAGCUUGUGGAAAAAUGGAAGAAAUGUUUUUAUGGGAUCAGAGGAAUCAAAAACUCCAUAUGGCAUGUCUGAGAUUGGAGAAAAAUUCAUGGCUGGUGUUUUUUACCAUCUUCCAUCCAUUUUAGCUUUUACGGCUCCACUUCCGAACAGUUAUGAUCGUAUUCAACCAAACACUUGGAGUGGAGCAUAUCAAUGUUGGGGAAAGGAAAAUAGAGAAGCCCCAUUAAGAACUGCAUGUCCACCUGGUAUAUCUCAAGAAGUUGUGAGCAACUUUGAGAUCAAGUCCUUUGAUGGGUGUGCAAAUCCACACUUGGGUCUUGCAUCAAUAAUUGCUGCUGGGAUUGACGGCCUUAAAAGAAAUCUUAGCUUGCCAAAGCCUAUUGAAGUAAAUCCAUCUAGUCAUGAUUCAGUACUUAAAAGUUUGCCAAAAGGAUUGCACGAAUCCAUUCAAGCACUUGCUGAAGAUAAUGUUUUGAAAGAUCUACUUGGACAAAAGCUUAUAACCGCUGUUAUAGGCGUCCGCAAGGCAGAGAUUGAUUAUUAUGGAAAGAACAAAGAAGCAUACAAACAGCUCAUUCACAAGUAUUAAAAAAUUUUGCGUCACUCGACUUGCUAAUUUGCUGGCCCUUUUGCGCUUUAUACUGGCUGUUGGAGUUUUAUUUUUAGUUCUUGUUAAUGCAUCAAUGACCUAGAGGGUGAAAUGGAAAAAUUAGGAAUCAGAUAAUGAUUUCAAUUUUAUAAUUUUAGGAAUGAAUAAAAUGCAAAUAUUUGGAUUUCUUGGUUGAUUAUCUGCAAGAUUUGUUGUAGAGCAUACUGAGCCGUGUGCCUAACUUGUAUUGAUGGAGAUUAUGGGAAUUAAGUUGGGCUUGGUUUGAGAUAGUUU